UCCCUCCUGCGUCCGUCCGUGCACAGCCCCUCGCCCUGCCCAAAGCUCGCCGCUCGUGCUGGGAGGAGGAGAGGAGCCUUGCGCAGGCGGCCCGGGCGCUGGAGGGGGCGGCGCUGGGCAGGGCUCCGGCGGCUGCUGCUUCCUCCUGCUGCAUGGCGGCUGCGCUCUACGGCGGCGUCGAGGGGGGGGCCACCCAUUCCACGGUGGUGCUGAUCUCGCAAGAUGGCAAGAUUGUGGCGGAGAGCGAGGGGCCCUGCACCAACCACUGGCUGGUCGGCUCAGACAAAUGCCUGGAACGGAUCGAGGCUCUGGUGCGCGAAGCCAAAGGGAAGGCAGGUGCUGACGUGCAGGUUCCCCUGCGCUCCCUGGGUCUGUCCCUGAGUGGAGGAGAGCAGAAAGAAGCCAUCCAGAAGCUGAUUGAGGAGCUGAGGAGACGCUACCCCCAGCUCAGCGAGAGCUACUACAUCACCACCGAUGCUACUGGGGCCAUGGCCACUGCAACCGACCGCGGCGGAGUGGUGCUCAUCUCUGGAACCGGCUCUAACUGCAAGCUGAUCAACCCCGACGGCUCUCAGAUCAGCUGCGGGGGAUGGGGACACAUGAUGGGGGACGAGGGGUCAGCUUACUGGAUUGCCCACCAGGCAGUGAAGAUCGUGUUUGACGGCCUGGACAACUUGGAAGUGCCGCCCCAUGACAUCAACUACGUCAAGCAAGCCAUGUUCGACUAUUUCCAGGUCUCGGACCGGAUGGGGCUUCUGACGCAUCUCUACAGAACCUUUGAGAAGUCUAAGUUUGCAGGAUUUUGCCAGAAGCUGGCGGAAGGAGCCCAGGCCGGAGACCCCUUGUGCGGGUACAUGUUCAACAAGGCUGGGGAGGUCUUGGCACGACACAUCGUAGCUGUGUUGCCCAAAAUUGACAAGAGCCUCUUCCAAGGCCAACUGGGGCUGCCGAUUCUGUGCGUGGGAUCUGUCUGGAACAGCUGGGAGAAGAUGAAAGACGGGUUCACUGGCAUCCUCAGCGAGCACCGCUGCGGCACCUUCUCCAGAUUCAGCCUCCUGAAGCUGAAACACUCCUCAGCCCUGGGAGGGGCAAGUCUGGGGGCCAAGCAUAUCGGGCAAGCCCUACCCUUGGACUACGCGGCCAACGUGGACGUCUUCUACACACACACCUUCUCCUAGGGGGCACCAGCCCACUUUUCUCACUGCCGUUUCAAAGGGAAGCACAUCUGGACUGGGGGGGGGGUUUCCUUUUUGUAAAAGCAAGUUUCUUUAAAUUCACCAAUAAACGAAGCAAUUUUUCACA